CUGUACAAAUCAGUCAGAAAUGGCGAAUAUCUUCGAGCAAUACCAGCAAGCCGAGUCCGGCUCGGGAGCGCCGGCAUCCUCCUCCUAUGGCUCAGGGCCAUACCGAGGCAAUGCAGAACAACUUCAAGAACAGGUGGCUUCCACAGGCUACGUGGAGACGCGACGGCGAGAUGAAACACCUAUUUUCGAUCGCCAAAUUAUCAACUUCAAUCCACCGGCAUCAGUGCUGACCAUUGACAUCAGCGCCAACGCAGCCACGCUUGUGCUCGCUCUAGCUGACAAUCAUGUCUACUUCAUUCAGCUCACCAACCCACAGGAGCCAGUCCGUGUGUCAGUCACGCGCCGUACUGAGGAGAAGAUCCACAAGGUCUUCCUGGACAACACCGGACAGCAUCUCAUCGUUGCCAUGGAGUCUGGCGAGAAUUUCUACAUCCACUGUCCGACCAGAAAGCCAAAGUCGCUAGCCAAGGCCAAGGGCAUUGUAAUCGAGUCAGUGGCAUGGAAUCGUAGCAAGGUCACUGAGACCUCUACUGGCGAGAUUCUGAUUGGCUCCAGCAAAGGUAUUAUUUAUGAAACAGACAUCGCCGCCCACGAGGGCAAGUUCUUCGACACAUCGGCGGAAAAGUAUUGGAAACAGCUUUACCAACUGGGACCGGAGCCGGUGACAGGUUUGCUGGUGGAGAAGUUUCCACGAGCACCAUCUAUGUCCGGUGAGAAGAAGUAUUUUAUCAUGGCCACCACGCCCAGCCGACUGUAUCAGUUCAUUGGGCAUGUUACAACAACGGAACCACCAUACUUCCAGUGGUUGUUUAGCAACUACGACACCAAUGCAUUGAAGUUUGUUGAGCUGCCUGGCUCACUAAACUACAGCAGCUUGCAGGUGUACCCCAGCGAUGCCGUGCCGCAUACGUUUGCUUGGCUGACCGAGCCCGGGGUGUACUAUGGAAGUUUGGACUUCAGAGAUCAAGGCCCGCAGGACAGUGUCACAAGCAACUGCCGAUUGCUACGAUCUCCCACACAGACCAGCAAGACCAGUCCUCAGUUUCCGGUUGCCAUAGCGUUGACAGAGUUCCACGCUCUCCUCCUCUUCAAGGACCGGUUUGAGGCAAUCUGUGUGUUGAAUGACCAGGUUGUGUAUGAAAAACCAAUCAAUCCGAGGCAAACGGGAGGUAUGAGAGGCAUGGUUCAUGCGAGCCGCGGCGGUCCCUUGGCGUAUGCAGAGAUGCGCCUGUAUCGUUACAAGGUCUCCCGCGAGUCACGUGAUAUUUGGAAGAUCUAUCUGGAGCAAGGCGAAUACGAGAAGGCCAAAGACUAUGCUAAGAAUGACCCCGUGCAAAUGGACUACGUUCUCACCAGGCAGGCCGAGCACUUGUUCGAUGAGAAGAAGUACGACCAGUCUGCAGCUCUGUUCGCCAUGACUCAGCGUAUGUUUGAAGAAGUCGCACUGAAGUUCCUACGCGUCCAGGAGCGAGAGCCGCUCAAGACGUUCUUGCUCAAGAAGUUCAACUCGCUCAAGAGAGAGGACAAGACUCAGCAGACUAUGUUGGUGACAUGGCUGAUUGAGAUCUACCUGACUCAGUUGGGAGAGUUGAAGGACAAGAACGCGCCGGCGGAGGACAUUCUGCGCACGCAGCGCCAUUUCCGCGACUUCCUCAGGCAACCACGGGUCAAGGCAUGCUUGGACAGCAGUCGGAACGUUGCUUACGAGCUAAUCGCCAGCCAUGGCAAUACUGAGGACUUGGUCUUCUUUGCCAUGCUAAUGCAAGACUUUGAGCGUGUAAUCAGUCACUACAUUCAGCAGCAGGCCUAUCCAGCUGCCCUGGAGGUCCUGACCAAGCAGAGCGAUGUCAAACUUGUGAUCAAGUUCAGCCCAAUUCUGAUCAAGCAUUGUCCGACCGCGCUGGUGGAAGCCUGGAUCUCACUGGAUAAGAAGAUCGACCCACGCUUUCUCAUCCCUGCCCUUACCCACUAUGAACCACAGUCACCCAACCCACAGGCCAAUGAAGCAAUCCGCUACCUGGAAUACUGUGUGCACAAGAUUGGCAACAAGGACAUGGCCAUUCACAACUACCUGCUCUCUCUGUACGCUAAGCUGGAGGAUGACACUGCACUGUUGCAUUUCCUGAACCUCAACCAGGGACAGCUGCACUCUGAGCCGUGCUACGACAUCAAGUAUGCACUACGCCAGUGUGCUGAGCAUGGCCGUGCGCAGGCCUGUGUACAUCUCUACAGCACAAUGGGACUGUAUGAGGAGGCUGUCGACCUGGCACUCAACGUGAAUGUUGAUCUUGCCCGACUGAUUGCGAACAAGCCCGACGAGUCUGACGAGGCGUUGCGUAAGAAGCUGUGGCUGAAGAUCGCAAGACAUGUAGUGGAGCAAGAGAAGAACAUUAAAAAGGCCAUCCUGUUCUUGAGCGAGUGUGACUUGCUGAAGAUUGAAGAUAUUCUGCCAUUCUUCCCUGAUUUUGUCACGAUAGAUGACUUCAAGGAGGCAAUCUGCAAUGCACUACAGGAGUAUAAUGAGCACAUUGAAUCACUCAAGGGCAACAUGCACGCUGCAACGCAUAGCGCUCAGGGCAUUCGUGCUGACAUUCAGGAGAUGCGGAACAAGUAUGGCGUUGUGUCGGCAUCGGAGAACUGCUGUAUCUGUUCGUACCCGCUGCUUACACGCUCGUUCUACCUAUUUCCAUGCCAGCACGUGUACCAUUCAGACUGCCUAAUUCAAGAGGUCCUACAGCAUUUAAGUGCCAAGCAAAAGAAACGGGUUCUGGAGCUUCAAGGUCGCGUGGCGCAGGAAUCCCAGGCGGCUGCGGCAGCCGACGAAACCGGCGCCGUCUUCUCCAAAGUGGAGCAGCUGAAGUCCGAGCUGGAUGACAUUGUGGCGGCGGACUGUGUGUUCUGCGGCGAGGUCAUGAUCAAGAGUAUUGACAAGCCAUUCAUUGAUCCAAAGGAGUAUGACGACGUACUUCGCAGUUGGCUGUGAGUCUGUAUCUUGCUGUGUCGAACAGCAAAUUUCCCCACAGCAUUUAUGUAAGCCCCCAGAAUUUCUGAUCCACUUACGUUACCGCGGUUCGUAUGAAGUUGUCACACCUCAAUAUAGCUCAGUCAGAAUUGCUUGGAUAUCUGCUACUGCCUUUUGUAAAUACAACAUUUGAGUCCUCCCUACUCUCAUCCCUGGCUGCCCACAUUCAAUGUGUACAUGUAAUGACCUGCUCUGCGAUUUGCUCUGUACAUUGCUCUGCUGCUGUGGCCCUUUGUCUUGCCACGUAAACAAACCAACACUUUAUCUCACGAAAAUCAUGAAACCGUUCGCACGGUGACAUUCACUGCUUGCGCCGUAUAACACAGCAGGCAGCUGUCACGAGCCCUGAGAAAAUCUUACGCUAUCCGCUUGUAUAGUCUACAAUUUGCAAAAUAUCUUUAUUUUUACUCCUAAGACCGCUGGCUUGGAUUUCUGCUUUUGACCUAGUACUUGCAUAUCUCUUUUUUUUUAAUCUUCAAGAAGCAAUGUGUGUUGUGAUGUUACGUCAUGGCCAUGAAGCUCCUUACUCGCUUGUUUGUACUCUCAUGUGUAUGGCCUUCGCUGUAGUGUAGAGAGUUUCUAUUUUCUGUCCUCUCGAACCGUGCCGUGUCAAGAAUUUAUGCUUGUGUGUGUGUGUGUGUGACCUUGAUUUCUGUUCGAUCGUGUCAAGACUACAUCUGUUUAUUUCAAUUCUGCUCCUUUAUCUGCACACGUCGAAUUGAUUCAUUGAUCAGUAUUGACGUAAUGAUUACAUGCGCAAUUUGCAAUCCUUUUCAACCUCGCA